CAGGACAUCGGAGGACAUGAGAGCACAGUUGAACUGAUCAGACAAACAAACAUCAAUUCCGUUUCUUCGUCUCUUUCCAUGGCCUUGUCGCGGUCCCUUCAGCCUGGCCUGCAGUGUCUGCGACAGCGCAGUUUACUGCGUCAGUUUUCUUCGUCACUGCCCCUUCUGCAGUAUGGCAAUAGCAAUAGCGACGGGGUCAGGACCCAUUAUUACCAGCCCAAGGCCGAAUUCCAGAACGGCAUGGUACCGGUAUUGACAGCCCUAGAACAAAUGCCAGACCGCGACAACGUUGGUGCCACCCCCGAGCAUAUCUGGAAGACCCAUGCAAAGUCUGUGUUUGACAGCACCAAGGAUAUGUCUCCUCCGACGGCUUACUCUGGUCGCACGGUCAGGGUUCGCACUAAUAUCAUGGACUCCUACGCCAUGCUGUCUAAUCUCCUGCAACGAAACAAUGUGCGAAGGGAAUUGGCCAAGGCUUCGCGACACGAGAAGAAGGGCGUCAAACGGCGGAGACUGGCGAGUGAAACCUGGCGCAGAGUAUUUGCACACGAGGUCCGGAAUUCUGUCCAACUCGUUGCCAAAAUUCGCAGUCGCGGAGCUUGACACUAUGUGUAUCGAAUUAAUGUAAACGUUUCGAUAUUCUCCUUGUGUGAUUCGCCGUUCUACGCAUUGAUUAUGCACGUCUUUUGGGCCCUUUUAAUUCAUCCUUUCCUCCAUCAUGUGUCGUUACCGACCCUAAUCUAGUGCUUGGGUCGAUCACAAGACGCUCGUCUUUGCUCGACCCUACCGCACGAGGCCUUGAACGCUGUUGCACGAAAGGGCGCCGCGCUAGGAUCUAUAUCCUCGUCUUAU